GUUCAGGGAGGAGCCAGAGCGCAAAUCAGCAGUGAGCGCAGCAGGAAACACUUCACUGAUAAUCCUUAACCGCUGUGUCCAUACACACACCUCGAAGGCGAGGUAAACACGGCUCGAGCUUGCUCACCUUCACCGUUCGGCGUGGUUUUCCUCUUCACCUCGGGAUAAUUGCGCAAACCCGUUUGAAUCGUGGACAGAGCCGGGACAUCGGGCCGCGGUGAAUCAGGUGGCUGAGGUGAACCCGUGAGAGAGGGCAGUGUGAGUCCCGGCUCGUCCAGGGACCAUGAAGAGGUUCAGGCGUCAUGGGCACGAGUCUCAGAGGGACAAGCACAAACAGGAUCUCUAUCAGUUCAACAAGACUGUAGAGCAUGGCUUCCCCCAUCAACCCAGCGCUCUGGGAUUCAGCCCUAGCCUGGAGCUCCUGGCCAUCGGCACCAGAUCAGGAGCAAUCAAACUCUACGGAGCUCCAGGUGUGGAGUUCAUGGGGCUUCACGACGAGAAUGCGGCGGUUACACAGGUGCACUUCCUGCCAAACCAGGUGGAGUUGGUCACAUUACUAGAAGACAACAGUCUACAUAUGUGGACACUUCGGGCUCAUAACAGCAUGUGUGAGCUGCUUGAGAUCGGACGGUUCACUCUCUCUGGUCCACCUGGUGCCAUUCCCAGCGUGACGCGGGUCACUGCGGUCUUGGCACACUCAUCGGGUGAGCUGCUGCUGCUGGGCACAGAAGGAGGACACGUGUUUGUUGUGGAAGUGCCAGGAUUCAGAGAACUGGAGGAGAACAACAUCAGCGUGGAGGACGUACAAAACAGAGUUCCAGAGGAUUAUGUUGGCCGCAGAAAUCUGGAGAGUGUUGAGACUCUUCAUGAAAACCCGCUGAACCCGCGGCAAGUGCUGAUUGGCUACAGCCGAGGCCUGAUGGUUCUGUGGGAUCUGGACCGGCAGCGUCCCGUCCAGCACUUUCUGGGCACACAGCAACUAGAGAGUGUUUGGUGGAUGGAGGACGGUGAAAGCAUUCUCAGUUCGCACAGUGAUGGAAGCUACUGCCAGUGGACGGUGACCGGUGAGGAUCCGCAAACAGAGCCAGAGAAGCAGGAGACGCCGUAUGGUGCCUUCCCAUGCAAGGCUAUAUCCAAAAUUAUACAGUUGCCAUCAAAACAAGGUCCCCCAUUCCUCAUCUUCAGUGGAGGGAUGCCGAGGGCCAGUUAUGGGGACAGACACUGCAUUUCUGUCAUUCACAGCAAAACCCAUGAAGCGCUGGACUUCACCUCUCGCAUUAUUGACUUCUUCGUCAUUCGUGAAGGAGAAAACCAUAAAGGUGAACCCAGCGCUCUUGUGGUUCUUGUGGAGGAGGAGCUGGUUGUGGUGGAUCUGCAGACUGAAGGGUGGCCCGUCAUCCAGACGCCAUACCUGGUGCCAUUACACUGUUCAGCCAUCACUUGCUCACACCACGUCUCCUCCAUCCCUCUCAAACUGUGGGAGAGAGUGCAAGCUGCGGGAGCCCACCAGAACACACACUACUCCAGGAAGCCUUGGCCUAUAAACGGAGGCAAGAAUCUGGCCCCAGACCCUCCUCAGAGAGACCUUCUCCUGACGGGACAUGAAGAUGGAACGGUGCGAUUCUGGGACGCCUCAGGGGUCUGUCUUUACCCCAUGUACAAGCUCAGCACAGCAGGAGUCUUCCACACGGACGCCGAUCCAAACGACAACAUGAACCAGGGCAGUGAAGGAGAGUGGCCUCCAUUCCGAAAGGUUGGCUGCUUUGACCCAUAUAGCGAUGACCCUCGGCUGGGUAUUCAGAAGAUCCACCUGUGUAAAUACAGUGGAUAUCUCACAGUGGCCGGAACUGCAGGACAAAUUCUGGUUCUGGAGCUGAAUGAUGAGGCUGCGGAGCAGAUGGUAGAAGCUACGGUAGUGGACCUGCUGCAAGGUCAGGAGGGUUUCCGCUGGAAGGGACAGGCGCGUCUAGACGUUCGGGAGGAGCCGGUACUGUUUCCUCCAGGCUUUCAGCCAUUCGCCCUGGUGCAGUGCCAGCCACCCGCUGUGGUCACCGCAAUCGCUCUGCACUCCGAGUGGAAACUAGUGGGCUUCGGGACCAGCCAUGGCUUUGGUCUUUAUGAUUAUAACCAGAGGAAUAACAUCAUGGUCAAAUGCACCCUUAACCCCAGUGACCAGAUGGCUAUGGAGGGGCCGCUUUCACGAGUCAAGUCCAUCAAAAAGUCUCUGCGACAGUCCUUCCGCAGGAUUCGCCGCAGUCGAGUCUCCAUGCGCAAACACCACACUAACAACGCAGCCAAGCUGCAGGAGAUCAAUGCCAGGCUGGAGGCUGAGGCUCUGCAGGAGAUGGAGCUGGCUCCUGUACAGAGAAAGAUUGAAGCCCGAUCAUCUGAUGACUCCUUCACAGGUCUCGUCAGAACGCUCUACUUCGCAGAUACAUUUGUCAGUGAUAGUUCUCACAGUACACCUUCACUGUGGGCAGGGACCAAUGGCGGAGCUGUGUUUGCAUAUGUCCUCCGUGUCCCACCACAGGAACGAAGGGCAGAGGAUCCAGUGACGGCUCAUGCAGCCAAAGAGAUUCAGUUGAUGCAUCGUGCUCCAGUUGUCGGUUUGGUGGUCUUGGAUGGGAAGGGAGCCCCUCUGCCCGAACCCCUAGAAGUGGCACAUGACCUGGCACGCAGUCCUGAAAUGCAUGGCUCACACCAUCUAUUGGUUGUGUCAGAGGAGCAAUUUAAGCUUUUUACAUUGCCCAAAGUGAGCAGUAAGUCGAAGCUAAAGCUGACGGCGGUGGAUGGCUCUCGUGUGCGGCGUGUCGGUGUGGCUUGGUUUGGUUCUCGGACCGAUGAACAGUUAGAGAGCUGUCUGGUGGUGCUGACGAAUCAGGGGGAGCUCCACGUCAUCUCUCUGCCCUCCAUCAAAAUGCUGGUCCAUUAUCCUUGCAUACGGAGAGAAGACGUCAGUGGAAUCGCAUCCUGUGUCUUCACCAAAUAUGGCCAAGGUUUCUACCUGAUCUCUCCAUCCGAGUUUGAGCGGUUUUCUCUCUCCACCCGUUGGGUCGUGCAACCUCACUGUCUGGUUGAGCCUCCCCUCCAGAUGAGGUCCAAGAGCCCAUCAAGCCCUGUUCACAGGGACUUGCCGGAUGGAGUACCCACCGAACACAGAAAUUUCAAAGGGGACAGUGAAGGAUAUGGUGUUCUGCAGGAGAUCCAGAAGUCUCUAGAAGGAGAUCAAACGACGUUCCUAGAGAACAAUCUGAAGACUAAGCCUAAAGCAGGCAAUGUGCUGAGCAAUGGAGAUUGAGCCUUUUUUAAUUCCCAGUGCCUGAAUGAAUGUGGAUGCGCUCUUCAUUCUAGACUUGCUUCCGAUCUGAACACUACUGCUAGUUACCACUACUGAACCAUGACAUAGAGAGCGAAACCUCCUACACCCAGACAGGACAGGAGAGAGCGAGGGACCACCACCAGUGCCUGCCAAGACCAAACACUGUAUUUCCACUCACUCCAUCACACGCUAGCCGCUCACAACACCUCAGCAAACACAGCGGCAUUUCAAAGACUCGCAGUUUCUUUUUUAACUUAUUUUUUUAAUGCAUGACUUCCCUUUUGUACCAGAUCAAUGACCUCAGAGUUUUAAGUAGAUGGUGUAAAAUACUUUCGUUUGGAUGCCAUGAGCGGUUGCUGACAAGGGUUGGAUGACUAAGGCAGCAUUAGCACUAGAUGCUAACAUUAAUCCGCAUACACAUUAAGUAUUCCACAAAAAGUAGUGUUGCCUUUUCCCCGUCCAAGAUUCAAGUUCUUAUAGGUACUUGUACACUACUGUGUAGUACAUAUGCUGUAGUUUCUAGGGUGUACAGCUUUCUGAGGGGCUAGGUUUUGAUUUUCGGUUUUAUUUUCUGGUUUUAUUUUUAUUUUUUAACGUAAUUCUGUUUUUGUUAUGCCACGAAUGAACGAUGUAAUCUAGGAAUGUAAUUUUAAAAAUAUUGUAGUCAAAUGUUUUUAAUAUAUGUGUAUAUGACAAAAAAUCCGUACCUGUUUUUUUGGACGGUGGGUUACUUCUGCGGAGGGCCGUAUUUUCUGAUCUGAGGAAAUAUUUUGGUACUGUCUCCUGAAAUGCUUUUAUAGCGUUUUCUUUGGGGGGGAGCUCUAGAAUAUAUUUUUGUAGAAACAUGAUGAUUAUGUAUGAGAACACUAAUUAUUAUUCUUUCUAAUUUCACACUACAGUCUUCUCAGUAAAACGAUUUUUCACACAA